GAGAGAGAGAGAAGGAAUCAAUGCACGCACUUGAAAUAGCUGGUAUUCCAUGGUCUUCCGCAUAUUAUAAACAUCAAAUGGCCAAAACCCUCAUUAUAUAAUGAGGACCAUCAUCCCUCAAACCUUCCAACACACGGAAGCUUCGCUACCUCCCGCAUGGCUACCUUCAAUGGCACCAUCAUCCUCCUCCUCUCUCUCGCGUCCGUAGCAAUCUUGGCCGCCGGGAAGGAGCCGACCACUCGCCUACACUUCUACAUGCAUGACAAGAUAAGCAACCCCAACGCCACCGCUGUGAGGGUCGCCGAAGGGCCUCAGACGAGCACGGGACCGGGCAUCAACUUCGGCGACAUCUACGUAAUAGACGACCUGUUGACCACCGGACCAAGCCCGUCUUCUCUACUAGUCGGCCGGGCGCAAGGCUUCUACGCUAUGGCGUCGCAGGACCCGGCCGACGUCGCCUUAAUGCUAACGGUGAACCUGGUGUUCACGGAGGGAGAGUACAAGGGAAGCACGCUGGCGAUACUGAGCAGAGACGCCAUCUUCUCGCCGGUGAGAGAGCUCCCGGUGGUGGGAGGCAGCGGCGCGUUCAGGCUCGCAUGCGGCUACGUGCUCAUGAAGACCUACUCGUUCAACCAGACUCUGGGCGAUGCCGUUCUAGAAUGGGACGUUUACGUCAUGCACUAAGCAUCACAUCUGCUUAUUUCCCUUCCACUGUUUCCUUCUUUGUAUCGUUGUUAUGAUGAAUAAUAUCCAGUGUUCAAUCA